AUGAAAGGAAACGGAAUUGUAGCGAAUGGAACGUCAACGACACCUCAUUCCUCGGUGCCUAUUCUUCCAACGGAAAUAACCCCAGUUAACAAAUGUGAGAGGAUGACGGGUGGCUGUUCUUUCAACGAAUAAAACCGCAGAAAAGAAAUGUGAAAGGAUAAAAAAUACCUCUGUGUGAAGAUGUUGGCUACAACUUCACUUACAUGCUAAACAUGACGUAAAAAAAGAAGCAGUGCGUCAAGCUUAUCAAUUCCUUCCGCUCAUCAGCAACCAGUGCUCCCCAGUCCUGAGGCUCUUUCUCUGCUCCAUUUGUGCUCCCACCUGUCAACCAAAUGUCACAGACCAAAUUUCUCCUUGUCACUCCCUUUUUACUCAAGGGAAAAGGGGCUGUGCCCCUAUUAUGUGCCAGUAUGGCUUUCGAUGGCCCAAAACGAUGAGAUGCAGACAUUUUCCCAAAGCUAACCCCAACAUACUACGCAUAGAUCGGAACGCAAUGUUACGUAAUAGUGCAUCGAUAAUAACUCUGCAGCAAAAAAUUUCCAAACGCACCAACCUCGCGGGAAAAUUGUGA